AUGCCGUCAAUAUUCUCGUCGGUAACCGGCCGCAAUGCGGCCAGUCUCUUCGAUAUUCGCUUAGAUAGCGACUUCAUCGUGUUUCGAGGAAACGAGCAUGAGUCUGCGGGUCAGAUGAUCAAGGGAGUUGUUGUCUUGUGUCUUCCGUCUGCGCUGCGCAUGGAGGAUGUGCGCCUACGGUUAACGGGCACACUGAGAAUAAACGCUCCGGGAUCAUCGAGUCAAAAAGGCGAAAAGAAUACAACAAUUCUCGAGCAUCGAUGGGCGCCUUUCGUGGGAACCCACGGAAAGAGCAUGACCCUACCUGCCGGAAACUACGAAUACCCCUUCGAGUACCUUCUCCCCGGAGACACGGCCGAGAGCGUCGAGGGAAUCCCAGAAGCAUCCAUCACCUACCGUCUAAAAGCAACCGUGGGCCGCGGCAAGCUCGCAUAUGAUUUACACGCCUACAAGCACCUCAGAGUCAUUCGAGCCCCCGAGCCUGGUGCCCUUGAGUUUCUCCACGCCAUGAGCGUGGAGAACAUUUGGCCCAACAAAAUUGAUUACUCUAUCAUCAUCCCUCAGAAGGCCGUGGUGUUUGGUGGAACUGUCAAAUUGCAGAUGCGACUGACUCCCCUACUGAAAGGAUUAGAAAUGGGAGAGAUCACAGCAAAAAUGGUCGAAAUUCGGGAGACUUGCAUUCCCUCACCUACAGGCCUCAAUGUACGGGAUCACAAGAUUGAACGAGAUGUAUCGACAUGGAAAUUCGGAGUAAAUCGGGAGGAACACUGGCACGACAUGAUCGAGGAUACUGGUCAAGAGGGAUGGGCUCUGGAAAAGCAGCUCACCCUCCCCAAGAAGCUCCGACAGUGCAUUCAAGACCUGAACUUGCACGGCAUCAAGGUCCGCCAUAAAAUCAAGCUCACAAUUGCCCUGGAGAACCCUGAUGGACACAUUUCUGAGCUUCGGGCCACCCUCCCGAUAUCUAUUUUCAUUUCACCAAACCUGCCCCUUGAUGAUGAGGGAAACUUGAUUGAGCAGGCAGGUGGUGUUGCUCCUGAACAAGACCUCGGGGCCGCCGCUCCUCCCGGAUAUGGAGAGCAUGUUCUGGAUCAGCUCUAUGAUGAGGUUGAGAUGACGGGUUUCCAAACACCAGCUUUCCAAUCUGGGGUCAACAGCCCCUUCUACAUUCACUCCCGUGCAGGUUCAAGCGAAAACCUAGCCGGCAUGACACACGAAGCACCAUUCACACCGUCGGCACUGUCAUCGAGACUGGCAGACGUUUCAAUCGACCCGAGCCAAAGAAAUACAGCUUUUAGUGCUGGUCACCACGGGCACCACACGAGAUCCGAGCCUGCUUCCAAUAAUCUCACGCGACACAACAGCAGUGAGGAUGACCGAACACCAGGAUCUGAGUCUCCGCAACACAUUCAUAUUGAUGAAAGCGAAUUUGCGGAACUCAACAAGGUUCCCAGCUAUUCAACUGCGCUUAGGAUGCCAGCGUCGACUCGCAACCAAGCGGAGGCUUUCAAUCUGCCCGACUACCAAACCGCGCUGAGUGCACCACGAACUCCACCAGCCGCUUCAGAGGCACUCUCUGGCGAGUAUCUGCCUUCUAUUUCUGAAGACUUUGCCGCCGAACACGGUCUAAUGGUCAAAGGCUUCACAUUCUUCAAGCUAGGGACCAGAUGGUCUAAAUAG